UAGGGUUUGACUUGGUUUAACCGCCAGUAAGAGCUGAAGUCAGUCCCAUAAACAACAUGUACCGACUUCACAUCGCUUCCCAGUGAGUGACAAGGUCUAAUGAAUCGAUAGGAAGUGGAUUGGACAGGCUGUCGGGAUGGCACAGAGCUUUUUAAUGGAGGCGUGUGUGGACUCCGUGGAGUCUGCUGUCAACGCUGAGCUAGGAGGUGCAGGGAGACUUGAACUGUGUUCUAGUCUUCUGGAGGGAGGACUCACGCCCAGCCAAGGUCUGCUGCAGGUAGUGAAGCAGUAUGUCAAAAUUCCAGUCUAUGUGAUGAUCCGGCCUCGUGGGGGGGACUUCCUGUACUCUGACCAGGAAGUAGAGGUGAUGAGGCAGGACAUAGAGCUGAUGAAGAAGCACAGGGCCGACGGACUCGUGCUGGGAGCCCUGACAGAGGAUGGACGUGUGGACACUGAGCUCUGUAUGGAGUUUCUAGCUGCUGCUCAACCUUUGCCUGUCACCUUCCACCGAGCUUUCGACAUGGUUCAUGACCCAGCAGUUGCCCUGGAGUCUCUGGUAUCACUAGGGUUCCAGCGUCUUUUAACAAGUGGCUGUGACAACUCUGCUUUGGAGGGACUCCCUGUCAUUAAACGGCUCAUUGAUCAGGCUAAAGGGAGAAUUGCCAUAAUGCCAGGAGGAGGUAUCACUGAGAGGAACCUGCAGAGAAUUUUAGAGGGCACAGGGGCUCAAGAGUUUCACUGCUCAGCUCGCUCCGGUAGAGAUUCUGCCAUGAAGUUCAGGAACUCCUGCGUGACGAUGGGAGCUGCUUUCUCAGCACCAGAGUACGGUCUGAAGGUGGCAGAUGUGAGCAAGGUCCGCACUCUCAAUACAAUCGCCAGAAAUACCUUGUGAAUGUGUUGUGGACAAUCAUGACGGAUAACAAAACGGAUACUGCAAAAGUCAUCAUUUGUAAUUAUAUGAAUAUGUCAAUGUUUAUUUUCACUAAAGCCCAGAAUAAGUAGACAUGUUAGAAAUGUUUCACCUUUACAAAAAUAAACUCCCGAAUCAAACGGUUUGUAAAGUUAGAGCUCAGGGAAAGCCCCGCAGCCUUCUGGGAUAUGCAUUCAAAGUAUCGCAGAGUGAUGAAUAAUUUACAUAAAUUAUUGUACAUAUGCAUGUUGCCUCGUAAAGUUUAAUAAAAUAGUUCUGCUGCUGUUUUCAGAAUAGUAUGUUUCCAGCUGAUCUAUUUUUAUACACAGCUCUCCCGAUUCAGUUGAAUAUAAUGCAAAAUUGUGAACUUCUGUACUUGAUUUUUUUACUCGGACAAAAACAUUGUGAGUUUGCUCAGAACUUAAUUAAAGUCCCAUUUGAUUGAACAAUUCA